UACAUGUACAGUGUAUAUAUUGAAUGAUAGCGAGUCAAAAUAUAGUUUAGGUCAAUCCAUUUAUCUUUAACAAGGAAUAACCGAGUAGAAUGGAAUUUGAUCUGUACACUUUCUUCAUUUUCUAUUUAUUAAUGAUAUAUUCAAAUGGAAAGAAGGUUCAUAGCCAACAAAAACGGAUUUUGUUGAAUGACCCAGAUUUGAUAAAUUCUCGACUGGAAGCCAUGGAACGUGAACUGCAGGCCGUGAGGUCAGAUUUGACGGACACGAAGACUGAAACCCAAGUCCUCAAACAUCUAGUGGAUAGUCAAACCACGGAACUCAGAAGACUGAAAACUUCUGGAACAACAUACAUCAGAUGGGGUAGAAAAUCGUGUCCAGCGCUGAAUGGAACGUCCUUGCUCUACAGUGGUUUCGCUGCUAGUGGUUUCUAUGAUGCUAAAGCAGCUUCUACAAAUACACUAUGUCUCCCUCAUGAUCCAGACACGGCUCCCGUUGGUUUGCCUGUCUAUGCUGAUUAUGGACGCAUAUAUGGAUCUGAAUAUGAAUUUAAUUUCAAAAACAUCGCUCUGAAUGAUGACGUUCCCUGUGCUGUUUGUUACACUACACAGGCAGUGUCCAUCAUGAUUCCGGCCAAAACAUCCUGUCCCUCCUCUUGGACAAAGCAGUAUGCAGGGUUUUUAACAUCCGGCGGAUAUUACUCCGAUCAAUAUGGGAAUGAAUACUUGUGCGUUGACGGAGAUCCCGAGUACAUGACAGACGGCGCCAGGCGACAUAACGAGAAUGGCAGACUGUUCUAUCCUGUCCACUCCGUGUGUGGCUCCCUGCCAUGUCCACCGUACAAGGACUCUCAAAAUCUUGGAUGUGUGGUCUGUACAAAUUAAUAAAAAUCAUUGCUUU